AUGCUGGAUUUUAUGGACUACAUCCAGCUCUCCUUCGCCGAGGCGACCAACUGGAAUCGCGACAAUUCGUACACCUCUCUAACGACCACCGCUCAAUCAAUUCUUGAUUUCUCAACUCCAGAGCGGUUACGCGUUCAUCUUUCCUCGCUGUCCACGCCUCAUUUCGCGACCAGUUAUACCCUCGGCACCGUUGGAUUACUCGAUGGAUCAGUAUCCUAUCUCUUCAGCACAGUCCCUUUCAACAACAUCCCAAGUAGAAGCGCAUUGAUCCCGCUUCGCAAGAUCUCCCCAGGCUAUCGACAAGUGCAGGCGCCCACAGCCCCCGCACAAACCUGGGGAUGGGACUCCCUACUAGACGGUGUGACAAUUCCCGGGCUCAAGGAAGGGGACCGCAAGAAUAGAGAGAGUAAUCCAGAAGAAGAAGCCAAGCGCAAAGCAACUCUUCUCUAUGCCUCCCUUCACCUCCCGCCUCCAUCAACACUCUAUGCGCUCUUCCUGCGCAGAAUCUCGACCACCAUGCAGCUAUCCCUAGCAGUCUGCUCAACACAAGGACCACCACUGUCGAAAUCUGCACCACAGGCUUCAAUGCUCACACAAUUAUCCCACGACACAGGGAAGUACAGCAACGAGUACCUAUUCAGCACAGACAACGCCCUCUUCGGCUGGCGCGGACUAUGGAAUUUCGGUCCAGAUCCUCGAUACACACGCGACGAUGCGCCACCACCUUUAUCUCUGCUAUCCGCUGGCGCAGAGGCAUACUAUUCCCCAGUAUCCUCACUAAUCGGCAUGUCAACGGGUCUCCGCUUCAGCACCUUACCCGCAGCCACCGAAGUCCCCUCAUCCCCACGCUCAUCCUCAUCAUCAACCUCAAAAUCAAAAUGCUCAUCUACUCCAACACCAAUCUCAACAUUUCCCUACACACUAACCUUAACCCUAACCCCAGUAACAGGCUCCCUAUCAACCACAUACUCCCUCCGCGCCUCGCCCAACCUCGCCUUCAGCUCCUGCUUCGGCUUCAACGUCUACAGCUGGGAAAGCGAAAUGGUAGCCGGUUGCGAACUAUGGCGCCAAACCAAGAAGUCAAAGGACGGCGAUGACGACGGUCUUGAAUGGGCCCGCCGUAAAAUGCGCCUGCAUGAUAUCGGUGCUUCCCUGCCUGGCUCACCGGCCUCCCCGCUCCUAAAUGACCCGGCUCGUCCCGAGUCCCCCGUUGAAAAGAAUGACGAGGCGGAGGUUAGUGACUCUGUCAUUAAGCUACGUGUUGAUCAGUCCUGGAAUGUGAGGUUGCUCUGGGAGGGUAGGGUGAAGGAAUUGCUUGUGAGCGCUGGUGUCGGGUUAGGACCGGGUUCUUUCUCGCCGUCUCCUUCUCUUUCGGCUUCGGCGAGCGGUUCGGCCCAGAGUGGAGGCGGGGGUGCUGGGAUGUCGUUCUGGCGCGGGGUUGGCGUGUCUGUGUUGUACUCGUCAUAG